AUGGAUGAACUCACUUUGGAAAACGUGCUCAGACGUUGUGGUGAUUUCGGUCGAUAUCAAUGGAUUCAUUUUUUCUUUUUGUGCAUUAUCAACUUUAGCAGUGGCAUUACUGGAUUCUACUAUGUUUUUGGACUUGCUGAACCCGCUUUUCGAUGUCGACUACCGUCAAAUAUUUGGUCUGAUGAUGAUCAAUAUAAAUCAAUCAAUGCUAACCAUCAAGCUUUGAUCGAUGCAUAUCUAUUGCCGUCGUCGAAAUGCGAAAAUAUUAAUGGAACAUCUUGCCAGAAUUUUGUCUAUGAUCGAAGUGUUUACGGAAGAACAUUUACAGAAGAAGCAAAUUUCAUUUGUAGUAAUGCUAUGAAAAAAACAUGGCUUUCGACAGUCUAUCAAAUUGGAACAUUCACAGUUUUAGUUACUGGACCGAUUAGUGAUAGAAUUGGACGAAGAAGAAUCCUACAAAUUUUGAGUCUUGGACUUUAUAUUAUUACUGGUAUUACUCAAGUACUCCUUCAAUUUGUCAAAAUGGACGUUAAUACGAAGUUUAUUCUCUUGAUUAUCAAUCAGCUUGUAUCAGGUAUUGAUGGUUAUGGCAUAGCUUUUCUACUUAUAAUGGAACUAACAUCAUCUUCACAUACCAGUUUUGCUGCUGGUCUUUCUUUGGUUGCGUAUCCGAUCGGUGAAUGUUUAUUCACUGCUUUUGCCUUUGUAUCGCGUGAUUGGCUCAAUCUAAAAUGGCUAACGAGUGCCUAUUUUCUUCUUACAGUUCCCUAUCUCUAUUUCAUUCCUGAAUCGCCCUAUUGGCUUUUAAGUCGAAAGAAAUACGAUCAACUUGAAAAUGCUCUAAGAAAAAUUGCCAAAACGAAUGGACGUGAGGAAACUGAAUGGUAUCGAGAUUAUACUAAAUUAAUAGAAGAUAGUAUUGUGUCGAAAAAGAUUAAUAAUGCUGUAAACCGAAGAAAGCGAGAAAAAAUUCUACGAUACUUGCCUAAAUUAGUUAUUAGUGGUUUUAUUGAAUUUGUUACUAUGUUAUUAUACACCCAAAUUUCGUACGGACUUGGAGCAAUGAAUGAAGCAGUUAGUCCUUACACGAAUUUUAUUAUUGGAGCUGCCGUCGAAAGUCUUGGAUAUUUGGUCGCAGGGCUUGUAGUUAUAACACCAUUAGGACGAAAAUAUUCAUUGAUUACAUUUGCAUUAUUAACAUCAAUGUGUGUACUUAUGAUACCAUUUACUAUAGAUUCUUAUCCUGUUAUCGGUACUGCUAUUUCUCAAAUAGGUAAAAUGGCCAUUAGUGGAGCUGUAGCAGUUUCAUGGCUUUAUGUUCCUGAACUUUUUCCAACAUCGAUGCGCGGUUUGGCAAAUGCCAUAUUUGUAUUUAUUGGCAGUUUUGGAUCGAUCUUAGCACCAAUCGUUGAUACUGCAGUCGGCGACAAAUAUAGACAUAUUGCAUUUUAUGUCUAUGCUGGAUUGACUCUACUUUUAGCUGGUCUAAUUACUACUUUACCGGAGACACGCAAUCGAUCAUUUGAUGACGGAGAAGAACAUGAUGAUAUAACUCUGAUAGAGGAUCAUGCUGAGCUGAAUAAAUAG